AUGAAUUAUAUACAAUUUCGUCGAAUGUCAACCCUGCUUGAUUCAGCCAUGAAAAACCCUAAUUCUCUUCUCCUUAAAAGUAAAUGGAGUCCUAUUCCAAUACCCUAUAGAACAAUCCAUGAACCCAAAGCUCAAGAUCUCGAUUACAUCAACAUAGCUAACAAUCAUCUUCUUCACAUUUAUUGGGAUAAGCUAGAUAAAUUACUAACCAAAUCUAAUUCAUUUAGAGUGAAGCACAUUCUGUUAAAGCUUCACAACGAUUACGCCAUUUCCCUAAAAUUCUUCAAAUGGAUUGAACUUCACAACCCUAAUUUGCUCACCCUCAAAACAAAUUCCAUCAUCCUCCACAUCCUCACCAAGAAUUGUAAAUUUGUGACAGCUGAAUCCAUUUUAAAGAAGAUCAUCCGUUCUUGUGUUGUAAACCUCCAUUCUAAGCUCUUUGAUGUUGCUCUUCACUCUUAUCGAAUGUGUGAUUCCAGUCCUCGUGUUUUCGAUGCACUUUUCAAAAUGUAUGCACAGAUGAAGCAGUUCAGGAAUGCAACAGAUACAUUUUGUCGUAGGAAAGAAUACGGAUUUCUUCCUACCAUUGAAUCAUGCAACAUGUAUAUGAUUUCACUGCUUAGUUUCAAUCAAGCAGACAUCGCGUUACCAUUUUACAACCAAAUGAGAAGAUCCAAAAUCACAAUCAAUAUGUUCACUCUCAAUAUGGUGAUGAAUGCUUAUGUUCAAUUAGGGAAACUAGAGAAUGCAGUCAAAGUGUUCGAUGAAAUGCAAGGUAUGGGAAUGAACCCUUUUGUAUCCUCCUACAAUACAUUGAUCACUGCAUACAUCAACAAAGGCCUUUUAACAACCAGAAUCAAGUUGAAACUUACAAUGGAGAAGAACGGAAUCAGCCCAAAUGUCAUAACUUACAACACAAUAAUCCAUGGAUUUUGUAAAGAAAGGAAACUACAUGAUGCUUUUAAGGUUUUCCAAGAAAUGAAAAGGGUAAAUGUGGAACCUAAUAUUGUAACUUACAACACAUUAAUCACUGCAUGUUCCCAAUCAGGUAAAAUCGAAAAGGGUAAUCAGAUUUUUGAAGAAAUGAUAAGAAACGGGGUCAAACCUGAUAUUUUGACUUAUAAUGCAUUGUUGUUGGGACUUUGUAACGAAGGAAAAACCAAGAAAGUUGCUUAUUUGGUUAAAGAACUUGAUAAAAAGAAAUUAGUACCAAAUUCUUCAACAUUUUCUGCCCUAAUUAAAGCCCAAUGUGCUCGAAAGAACCCAGAUCGUGGUUUUCAACUUUAUAAAAGCAUGGUGAAGAGUAAUUGUCGUCCAAAUGAAGAUACUAUGAAGAUGUUGAUUUUAUCAUUCUUGCAAACCGAUGAUUAUUAUGGUGCUUGGUGUUUUAAAGAGAUGUUAGAGAGGCCUGAUUCGGUUGUUUUGAGUGGGUUGUGUAACGGGUUUUCAAAAGCUUGGAAAGAUAGAUUUGUUAUGAAUUUAUUAAGUGAGGUUGAAAAUGGGUGUUUUAGUCAUGAACGUUAUGAGAAAGUUAAAAGCAUAAUUUGUGACUCUAACAAUGAAGGUAAAGAACUUGAAGGAAAUGUUUAA